GCGCUGACAUGGCGUGUGUUCAGGAACAAGUGUUAUCAUGUGUGGUGUCUGGAGAUCUGGACACCAUCAGACAGUGUUUACAGGCUGAGCGGGACGCGGACGAGCCGCAGGAAAACCGUUGUUUCAGCAAGAAGGACGAGUUCGGGAGAAGCGCUUUGUUAAUCGCCUCCAUGUUGGGAAAGAGCGACAUCGUCCGAGAGCUGCUGAGAGGAGGAGCUCAGGUGAACGAGCAGACUGAGAGAGGUUAUUCGUCACUGCACCUCGCGGCUUGUUGGGGUCACCUGGAGACAGUGAGGACUCUGCUUGAACUGGAGGCGGACACACAGGCCACAACCUUCAGAGGGGAGAGGCCUUCAGACCUGGCUCGGAGAUACUCCAAGGCAGACUGUGUCGACUGUCUCAUCCUGGCAGAAGCUAAACAGGACCUGGUGUCAUAUCUAGCCUUCGUUAAGAACAUUAUUUCAGAUUCAGAGAGGAAGAUCACAAAAGAAGAGAAGAACAUCUGUAUGCGCGAAUGUUCUGCCAAGUCAGACUGGAUUCAGAGUAUCAAACACCCAGCAGUGUCAGACUUCAUCGCCCAGAGGAAAGACAUAGAAGACGCUCUGCAGCCUGUUCUCAGCAGGUUGUCAGUAGUGUGGCCGGAGGCGUGGCUGGCUUCCUCUGUCUCUGCAGACGAGACACACCUGCAGACUCUCGUUCCACCUAAUCUCCCGCUCCAUAAAAGCCUGCUCUCCUCACCACACCUGUGCCAUGUGAUUUCUGCUCACGUGGUACACUCUGUGGCUCCUGUGUUCAAGUUUUGCAAGUUCUUUUCAAAUUCAGUUCUCCAGUGUUUGUUUUGCUUGUUUGACAUACUGAACCUUUUGUCCUGUGUAUUUUGACUGCAGUGAAGGCCUUCCUGUUAACCAGUGUUUCAGUGUUUCCUGCAUUCAGCCUUCUGCCAUCACCACCUGCCUCUUUUAAGUGUUUUCAGUAUAAAGACUGUAACCUGCUGCUGUCUCUGUAUUCUGGGUCCCACAUAAAACUCAAACGUCUAUCAGUUUCUUGUUGAGGAUUAACGACAGAGCAUGUUGCACCAUGCUAAGUCCUAUGAAACUAAA